AUGGCGACUCUAGAUUUCCAUGCGUUGAAAGCUGAUUUAGCAAACUUGUUUUCUGAAGAAGAUUGUGCGAAAGGUGCCGUUGAAGACGUCGGUAUUGUUGGACCAAAAACCUCUCGGCCCCGUCUCCUGGAGCUGCUUGAAAAAAGGAUCUUGAAAAGGGGAAGAAGACUCACGAGUAAAGCGCCUCAAAAAACUCCCGAUCCGAAUUCACCAAAAGCUCAUGUUGAAGGGAAAAGUCUCAUUUCCUCUCAAGAUCCUCCCAAUCCGGAUGCACCAAUACCGGUUUCUGUUGAAGGCAAAAGUCUCGAUUGUUCGCCGUCCGAAGAGGCUGAUACAUCGGAUCCUCAGGAAAUAGAUUAUCAGAUCUAUAGCAACAAAGUUCUGGAGAAGAUGCUGCAAGAAGUGGGUUUGGACACGUUUGGAAUGGAUAAAUCAAAACUGGUUGAAAAUUUCUCCCAUUGUUCGACGUUUGAAGAGGCUGAUACAUCGGAUCCUCAGGAAAUAGAUUAUCAGAUCUAUAGCAACAAAGUUCUGGAGAAGAUGCUGCAAGAAGUGGGUUUGAACACGUUUGGAAUGGACAAAUCAAACCUAGUUGAAAAUUGUAAGAUCUAUCACGAAUUGAUCAUACCCCCCGUAACUUGUGAACCAGAACAUCGGGUGGCAUCUACGUCAACAGCUCAAAAGCAAUCAGAUGACAUGCAAAGGAGUUUCACCUUUUCGACAACAUCAAAGGAAGUGCUUGAAUGGGGAUCAAGGUACGGAAGAAACGACAUUACAGAGCCCUUGCAAAAAUCUCUACCAAGCGUAGAACACGGAACACUUCUGUACCCUCGACCCCGACCAACGGACUUGUCAAAAUCCCAUUCAAUGCAUUCAAAGUCAAUAAAGGGGAAAGAGAAGGAGUGCAGAGAGUCUGACAGCGACUUUAUUCCUGAAGAUGAAGAUUUGUUCAAUGAUCAAGAUCUUGAGUUCGAGCAAACUGAAAAUCACAGAUCAAAAGGCAAGCAAUCUGGUAUGGUGUCCGAUGACGAGGCACUUCCCAAAGACUUUGAGUUCGAGCGGACUGAAAAUCACAGAUCCGAAGGUAUGCAAUCUGGAAUGGCUUUGGAGAACGAGGUACUUCCCGAAGAAUCCGUGAUGUCUAACAAAGAGCUCACAAAGUUAUGGAAAGAAACCAAAUUGUUGCUGAUCAAGGCAAACAAACGGAUUGAACGGCUUGAAAGUGAACUUAAGAGUAUGUCAGAGGCUGUAAGGUCAUCUGUCGGCAAUCGCAAUUCAGGCAAUAUCAACGGUCACGCACGCGGGGGACGCACAGCCGACCAUGGUCCUGGAGUAGACCCUUGUUUCCCGUAUCCAAACGGACCUGGACAUCGAGAAGCCUCGCCCCAACAACUAUCCGUCACGUGGGAACUGAUGAAGGCAGCGGGAGUAGAAUCUUUUCGCCCAGACUUGGGAGACUCACCAGUUGGGAGUGUACACUGGGAUUUCUCUGGACAAGGACAACAUUCCGUACAUAAAAAAGUGUUUCUCGUCCCACAUACAGACCCUGAUGAAAAGCAGACAUGGGACAAGGAGCAAAAGUUAUGUGUAGCUAGAAAUGUCAGACGUGCUACACGAUUAUGCCGUUUAAGAGCAAUGCGGUCCAAGAUAGCUCUUGAAGAAAAAACGCUCUGGCCACUUCUAUCAGUCAUCAAGGUAACCUGUAGCGAUGAUGAAACUGAUACCGAAGAGGCGCAGAAUCUCACUCCCGGCAAAGGUUUGAUAUGUGCUUGUAAGCUCUCUUGGCGUAGCAAGGCACUUGAAAGUCUCCUGGUUCGCUUGGAGGCGCGAAAGGGAACACUGGAUCAGAGUGUUCCUAAGAACUCGAAUUCUCCGCAGCGUGGACGACCAUCUCGCCCCCGUAUCCGGCGCAAUGAUGCAUCAGAGAGUCUUAUUGAAGCACCCGAAGGACUACCAAGAGACUGUUAUUCACAAGAAUUUCUCGAACAGCUUGGCUCUAAAGGUCAAGCGAUGUUAGGAAUCCAACCUGAGAUUGGUCUGACUGAAAUCAUGAUAGCUUUAGAUUCCAUUUGA